ACUUAUUUUAUAAAUGCAUUUAAUUUAAAACCGAUUAUCCCAAUUUUAACCAACUUGACUCUAACUCUUAACUUAAAACAAUUAUAGAUCCCAAGUAUAAAUUUUUUUAUGUCCCAUUUAUGGACAUUAUGUUUUCUUGUCUCUGCGCCCGUCUGUUCGUUCAUCUGUCUGUCCGUUCGUCCGUCUGUCCCGCUUCAGGUUAAAGUUUUUGGUCGAGGUAGUUUUUGAUGAAGUUGAAGUCCAAUCAACUUGAAACUUAGUAAACAUGUUCCCUAUGAUACGAUCUUAAUAAUUUUAAUUUCAAUGCCAAAUUAGAGAUUUCCCCCCAUUUUCAGGGUCCACUGAACAAAGAAAAUGAUAGUGCGGAUGGGACAUCCGUGUACUGGGGACACAUUCUUGUUUUCUAUAUAAAGAAAAAUAAUGGAAUUGCGAACAUAAGGUCCACAUUGGUCAAUUAUCUAUUGUCUAUAUAAUUAUAUCUUGGGGAAUACCCCGUUAUUCUGAUACCCCAGUAGUCCGACACCCCAAUAGUUAGACACCUUAUUGGCCCGACACCCCACAAGUCCGAAACCCCUUUAUCACGAAUGUGACCUACCGAUUUCGACUAUUUACCCCUAUUUGUAGCAUUUUUACUUUUGUGUCUGUUUGUUUUGUUUACGCCUCAUUAUCAAUAUUAUAAUAUUUGACUAUUGAUUAUGUACCUAGCCUAGCUGCUUAAUAGAUCUAGGUAGCAGCUAGGCUAGAUACACGUUCAUCAGUCAAAAAUCUACGUAGCCCUAUGUAGCUGUUACGAUAUUGCACGGCACGCAACCCCGUUAAAAACAUGCGGCAGUUUAAAAGGUGUUUCGUUCGAACUAGUUAGUGUCUAGAAUCGAUAACGAAACAAUAAGCGACGACGAGCUUGAACACGGUUGUCGUCCCUUAAUUUUCGUUAUCCUCGAAAAUAUUUUCCUUGGUGUGGACAGUGUUACUUACCAAUUUAUUUCAUACCCUUUCACAAUUCAUUUCUUCACCCCUUCAACAUACAAUUGUCCAUAUUGUGAGUUAGAUCUGAUGAGGUUUUGGAUAAUUUUGAUAUAAUUUGUCUAAAUUUUCUAAUUGUCUAAAAGAAAUGCACCACGGAAUAACUUCUGUUCUCGGGCCAUAUAUAAGGUAGACCCUCUUGCAAAAUGGAUUACUGUUUUAAAAUGGUUCUUUAAUAUUCUCUGCAAAUGUGCAGGUUGAUUUCGAUUUAAUAUGCAUUUCUUAUGUUUCAAAAUUGGUAUCCGAAAUAUUUAUUUUAAAAUAUUUAUGAACAAAGAAUGUACUUGCGUAGAAAUUCGAUAUCAAUAAGAUUCCCCACCAUUUAAGAUGAGGGGCAGCUGUUUUAGGUCCGUGAUUUUGUUAAAUUUUUCGAACCAUUUGUUAUUAUUGAAAUUAAAAGAACGGUGAGUAAUUUGGAUCAAGAUUUAGAUUUAAAAAAAAACAGUUCUAUGGAAACUGGUUAGUAAAUUACUAAUUGAUUAUCGUUAGCUUUCACUUCUAUAAAAUUGGGUAAAACAGACUUCUUUGAGUUUCCUUUCCGAAGUAGGGAGCUUCAUUGCUGACAGGUGAACAACAAUACUUCAAUUAUAAAUUUAUUUUUUUAUGUUAUUUCAGAUGUCUGAACCUGACCUUUAUGACUUCAUGAGAAGUCGCAAUAUUAAAGAUGAUAUUAUAAGAACAUUGAUAGAGGAAAAGAUAGAUUCCCAAACUAUCAUUCACAUGUCAGAAGAGGAAUUGACAAAGUUUGUGCCGCUGUAUGGGGAUCGCAAAGCAAUAAUAGCGUUUAGCAGGGACAGAAAAGACACGUCUUGUGAAAAGAAAAAGAAGACAAAGACGUCGUUAAUGAAAAAACUUCGGGCAAAAGUGAAUGCAAUAAAGGGAGGGGCCUCUUAUAGUAGUGGAGAUGAGGAUGAGGAUGAAAAAGAGGUACGUAGUUCUUUGAGUAAGAAACUGAAAGGCAACAAGAACGCAGAAAAAAAGAAACGUCUUGUGGAUCUAAGCUGUUUCCAUAAUGACGGUGAUGCAUAUCAUCAGAUACGAGGAAACAAGGGCGGUGGCCCUAAGUCGUUUGACAUGGAAAAAUUUGAUACGAUGGGACAAGUAUUAGACCUUGCCAAACAGCUGUAUUUUCCAAAUGGACACAACGCAGUGAGAGGUAAAAUCACGGAAUAUGAGAUAAAAUUAACUGACACAUAUUUUCAAAACAUCGACUUACAGUCUACCGUGGAGUCCUGUUAUAAUCGUUUAAAGAUGAGACAAUUGAGGUUCAACUUCUGCACAGAAGGCACUACUAGUACAAUUGAGAGUGACGAGUUGCCACCUUUAUCAAUUCCAAAGAAUAGGAAUGCAACUGCUCAGAGUGGAGUUAUUGAAGUAAUGGAAAUUAUUGACUUGCCUCCAACCUGUUUAAGCAAACCUGAAAAAUCAAAUGACAUUUUUGUCACUAAUGAUUUUUAUAAUGCAGAACUUCCGGAUAUCCAAACAAACUUUGAUAUUGCUGAUUUUUCGUUCGACGGUGAUAUUGCAUUUGGUCCUAAUGUACGGGCAAGCAAUGUAAGCUUAGACUCGACAUUACCAUUAGAGAGUGGAAGUGGUGAUACUUUGGACAGACCAUUAGAAUUUGGAAAUGCUGGUACAGUGGAGAGAAAAAUUAUUCGUAUACAUAGGGCUUCAGCUUUAAUGGAUAUGAUAAUUCAUUUUAAAGAUCCAAACAUCAUGACUGUAGACAUUGAUGCCAUCAUGGUAUUAGACAAUGGUAAGGAAGAAGCCGGAGAAGGAGAUGGUGUUUUCAGAGAUUGUAUAACCCAGUUUUGGGAUGAAUUCUAUGAACAAUGCACAGAGGGUCGUAUUUUCAAGGUACCUGUACUUAGGCAUGAUUUCCAAAAGGAGGAAUGGAAAGCUGUUAGUAGAAUAAUAAGAAAGGGGUUUGAAGUCAGUGGUUACUGGCCCAUUUCAAUUAUGCCUGCUAUAUUCGAAGAGUGCAUUCAUGGAAGCAUUGAAUCAAGUCUGAUUGAAUUGUUUUCAGAUUACUUACCUGAAAUGGAAAGUCAGAUUGUUAAAAAAGCUAUUUCCAAUUUCAAUGAUGUGGAUCAAGAUGACUUCCUUGAAUUCCUUGAUAGUCAUUCUUGUAGAAAAUUGGUGAAUUCUGAAAAUGUCCUGCCAAUUAUUGGAGAGUUGGCACAUAAAGAGUUGAUUCAACAACCACGCUACGUGAUCGAAUGUUUCCGUUCAGAAUUACGACAGUUACAAGUCACUCCAGGCAAACUACAACAAAUUUAUCAAGAAAUGAAACCAACAUCUAAGGAAAUUUUGAAAUCCUUGAGUGUACCGGAAAACAUGAAAGAAGCGGAAAGGCUAUGUGCAGGCUUUUUAAAAAGAUAUAUCAAAGAUCUAGAUGGAGAAAAACAAAAGGCUUUCUUGAGGUUCUGCACAGGUUCAGAUGUCCUGCUGGGAAUGAAAAUAACGAUUGAGUUUUUUGAAUCUAAAGGGUUCACACGGUCACCAAUAGCUCAUACAUGUGGGCGAGUAUUACAAAUUCCAUCAACUUAUGACACAUAUCCUUCUUUUAGGUCUGAGUUCAAUUAUCUGUUGAACAGUAAGGUUUGGGUAAUGGACAUAGUUUAGAGUUCAUAUAGUGUAAUAGUGCUGGCAUUCCAGGAUGUUCCGAUGAAAAUGGACAUUAACUCAAUGUAUGAGUACAGUUCUAAAUGAUUCAAGUAUUCUUUGUUUAAUAAUUCAUGUUUAAAGGAGGUUGUGUAAUGAUUUUGUGUAAUGAUUUUAUGUCGUGAGUUCGGCAGAGGGAGUUUUUUUCAAGUUUUUUUUUUUAAGUGUUCACAGUGUUGAACAGAAAAGCAUUUCAGAUUUAUGUGAACAAUUUGUUCUGUGUUUGUUUAUGUCCAUUACCCAAACCUUACUGUUCAACAGUUUUGAGAGAAACACAAGCUGCAUUAAAGUUUUGCCAUAAAGGCAAGCCACUUGAUUUUAUUGUAUUAUUGUCAAUAUUGUUAUGUUAAAAUGAUUUCAGUCAAAUAGCAGUAGGUAUUACUUUUUAUUUACCUUGUCAUUAACUAUUUUGUUGUUUUAUUUCAAUUACAAGUUUCAGUGAAUCUAUUUCAUUUAAUUGUUAAUUCCUCUUGCCAUUAACGAUUUUUUUCUCACUUUCUUCGGUCUUUGUUUCCCAUUAUUUUGAUUCAUGCGUAAUCCUAAACAUUUUUGAAGAUCUUUUCUUACGCUUUAAGAUUGAUUUGGAUCAAACUUGUAAAUAAUUAUCCUCAGUUUAUAAUAGAAGAAAAGUAUAAUAUACAUAGUUAUAUCACAAUAUUGUAUUGUUAUCAGGCAAAAAAUAGAUAAAUUUUCAUCGAUAAAAUGAUUUCCUUCUUAUGCCUUUUCAGACCUGAUUGGCGACCAUUACUGAAAUAAAAUGUUCAUCAGAAUACACCAUGUAUCGUAAAAAUUGAUAGGAGCUAUUUAAUUCAGGUCUUCGAUUGAAAUUUUGCUUAGAUCAAAUGUUUUAAAAGAUGUUAUUCGAUAGUGGACAUGACUUUGAUACUUUAUUGAAAAACAUAGAAUAUAAAAAAGAAGAUGGGGUAUGAUUGCCAAUGAGACAACUAUCCACAAAAGACCAAAAUGACACAAACAUUAACAACUUCAGGUCACCAUACGGCCUUCAACAAUGAGCAAAGCCCAUACCGCAUAGUCAGCUAUAAAAGGCCCCGAUAAGACCAUGUAAAACAAUUCAAACGAGAAAGACUAAAGUUAGUGUUCAUUUAGUGUAUUUAAGAGCUUCCAAAUGAGAUAAAAAUAAAUCUCUCCUUAAUUAAGAAGAAUUCCUAGCGUAAAGCUUCCUAGCUUAAAACGUAUAGUGAUAUACCUGUAUCAACUUGAUGAAGUUGCAAAGUUGUGAUGCACAAUUAACUGGUUACUAUCAGAAGAUUGGAAGUUAUACAAACCCUAUCGCUUUUUUAUGUUGGUUUAGACAAAGCUUCUUUAUGUUGGUUUAGACAGAGAUUGUCAUUGUUUACAUGUAUGGUAGAAUAAAUAUAUGUCUCUCGUUUAGGGGUACGAAGGGGGACCUUCUUCUGUCAUAGGUUUCCUCCUCCUUCUUUCCAAUAAUUGACCUUUUACAAUUAACACUGGUUAGAGGCAACCUAAAUUCGACCCAUUUCUUCUUUUUAUUUUAAGCUUAUUUGCGUAGUGCUGUCCUUUGUUUGGUGUCUUGCUUUAUUGUUACCAGUUGUGUUUUUGUCCCCGGUUU